AUGCACUCCUCCAAUGUCACCACACAAACCCCACCACCCCUCACCGUCCUCUCCAUCUGCCUCACGAUCCUGCCCGGAAAAAGGGCCCAAUCCAGGCUGGUGAGAUCUAUAAUAAUCGAUCUAUAUUUGGAGAAGGAUAUUGGGGAUUUGAAGGAGGCUAGCGAGCGGAUUCUGAGGCUGCCGGGGAUUGUGGGGCCCAUUCUGGGUUAUUUGGACUGCCGGGGUGUUGAAAUUGUUAGCCGGACCGGGCCAAAAUCUAUGAAGUCCGAAGUUGGGGUAGAGUGGAGGUUGAGUUUCGGAGAAUGGUUUGUUCUUAUGGGAUUUCGGGUGGCACGGCAGAGAGUGAUCGGACGAGGUGGAAAAAUCGGCGGAAAAAGGUGGGAUUUUGGGGAGGCGAGGGAUUGA